AUGAGAGACCUUGAGAAGCGCAGCUCCUUCACCGUUCCCGUGUGCCGAUUCCGUGAGCCGGGGCCUCGCAGCGGCGGGCAGUGGCUGUUUAUGGACGGCUACGGCGACCGCACUGGAACAGAUGUGAACACCUUCAAGCUCACAUGCCAGGCAUCCACCCAGCACGCCGAUAUCAUCUAUAGGGUCCCGGGACAGUGCGAAUCAGGACAGUGGUGCGUCGAGUACCACGGCUACAGUGAGCUCGGACAAGCUGGCCAUGACAUUGUCUGUGUCGACAAGGGACAAAUUCACACUUGGGCCCUCAACAGCUUCCACAACCCGGGCAAAUCGGCUUGCAGUGCCGGAUGGAACAACAGAGGAAAAACCAACCUCAAGGCUACCUUGGAGGUUGACGUCAUGGAUUCUGCCGGGCUGAACCGCAUUGCGCCUCAGGAGGUCUACUACCUGCUCAACCAGAAGCGCAUCGGCGUUUCUCGUGGAUAUGACUCCGAAGUUGGAUCAGGCUCAGUCAUCAUUCCCCCGGGCGGUUCACUUCAAGCUUGCGUCACCCCUAUUGCUGGUCAGAUUUUGAACAUGCUGGGUGCUCUUACCUCUCUUGUGAGGGUCUAG